UCCUUCUCUGCAGCGCCAUUUUUCUGUUUUCCAAAGCACUGUUUUCUGCUCCCUCCCUGCCUCUCAUCCUCCUUCAGUUCCAGUUCCCUCUGUCAGAUAGAGAACGUAAGCAUCCUGAUAAACGCGACUAGCCAUUUGCAAAUCCAUCCUCCUGAAACCCCUCUUUCCUCGCUGUCUAUCCAUCUCUUUCAUCGUUACUCUGUUCUUAGAAAAAAUCAUGUCUUUUGUUGGAGAGGCCAUGUCUUUCAUUGGAGAGUCUGCUCUGUCAUCAUUCAUUCAGUCCUUGUUUGAGAGGAUUGAGUGCCCUGAGUUUCUAAGGUUUGCUCGCGAGAGCCAAGUAAGUGCUGAAAUUAACGAGUAGGAGAAAAGAUUGAGGACGAUCCAAGCCAUGCUUGAAGAUGCAGAGGAGAAGCAGAUGUCUAACCGGUCGGUGAAGAUGUGGAUGGACGAGUUCAAAGAUUUGGCUUAUGAUGUGGAGGACCUCUUGGACGAGUUUCAACUGAAUCUUUGCAACGCCAGUUGAAGGGAGAAACUGAAGCUGGUUCAAGUAAGCUUCGGAAACUCUUUCAUACUGUGACAACUACCAUCAAUCCAGGAGCAGUCAUGUUCAAUUCAACGAUGGUUUCCAAGAUGAAGGAGAUCACUACCAGAUUUCAGAAGAUAGUAGACCAGCAAAACGACUUGGAUUUGAUAAAGAGAAAUGUUGGUGGGACGUCCUCUAGCAAGGUAUGUGUGCGACCACCCAGUACGUUUUUGGAUCAUGAACCUGAAGUGUGUGGCAGAGAUGAAGAUAAAAGGAAGAUACUGGAUUUGAUUUCGAAUACAAGUGAAGUGAAAGUUGGAGUAAUACCCAUUUUUGGGAUGGGCGGGGUGGGUAAAACAACGCUCGCCCGGCUUGUCUACAACGAUGAGUCAUCACAACAACAAUUUCAUCUAAAAGGAUGGGUUUGUAUGUCUGAUGAGUUUGACAUUUUGAAGAUAACAAAGAGCAUUCUUGAGUCAAUCACUCGACAGUCGUCUUAUCUAAACGAGCUCAAUCAAGUUCAACUGGAGUUGUGUCAAAAAUUAGAAGGAAAGAAGUUUUUGAUUGUUUUAGACGAUGUCUGGAACAAGAAUUAUGAUGAGUGGAAUGCCUUGUGUUCUCCAUUGAUGCAUGGAGCUCCGGGAAGCAGAGUGAUCGCGACAACACGUGAUGAAGCUAUUGCACGGAUGAUGGAAACAAUUGAAUCUCACAAUUUGAAUUGUUUUUCAGAUGAAAAUUGUUGGAAAUUGUUUCUUUACCAUGCCUUUGCUAGUAGAAGAGUUGCAGAUCCAAAAUUGGAAGUCAUCCGCGACAGGUUCAUCAAGAAGUUUGGUGGCUUGCCUUCGGCAGCAAGGACUUUGGGUGGCCUUCUACGCUCAAAACCAUGGGAGGAUUGGGAAAAUAUAAUGAACAGCAAAAUCUGGAAUUUACAAGACGAUGUCAACGGCAUUCUUCCCGUGUUAGGAUUAAGCUAUUAUCAUCUCCCUUCGCAUUUAAAGAGGUGUUUCACAUAUUGUGCAAUAUUGCCCAAGGAUUAUGUAUUCAAAAAGAAACAACUAGUCCUUCUAUGGAUGGCAGAAGGUUUAAUUGAGCAACGAGACGGUCAACAUACGGAGGAUGUGGGAGAAGAGUAUUUUCAAGAUCUAUUCUCUAGAUCAUUUUUUCAAUCUUCAAGCACUGGUGGAUUCAUAAUGCAUGACCUGGUGAAUGAUCUAGCACAAGUGGUUGCUGGAGAUGCAUGUUUCAGAUUGGAGGAUAAAGCGACUCCAAGUAAGCAAGAAAAAUCUCGCCACUCUUCUUACAUCCCUAGCCUCUAUGAUCGCUGUAAAAGAUUUGAGUUGUUUGAAAAUACCAAGCGUAUGCGAACCUUCCUGCCUUUAUCACUAAAUCGUUAUGGUUGUGGUUUUCAUGUCACUACUUAGCAAAUUGGGUUCCUUCUUAUUUAUUAUCAGUUUUACGAUGUUUAAGGGUGCUAUCCUUCAAUGGUUAUAAUAUCACUGAGCUACCAGAUUCAAUAGGUGCCUUGAAGCAUCUAAGGUAUCUUGACCUUUCAUACACCUCUAUUAGAACUUUACCAGAGACAACAACCUUUCUAUGCAACUUACAGAGUAUGCUGCUGAGAGGCUGUAGGCAUCUCGAGAAAUUGCCUUCAGAAAUGCAAAAUCUGAUCAACCUGCGUCAUCUUGAUAUCGAAGACACAUGUGUUGAAGGGAUGCCACAGGGAAUAGAAGAAUUAAAAAGUCUUCGGACAUUGUCUGAUUUUGUUCUGGGGGAGGGUAAUGAAGUCAGUAUAACAGCUUUGACGAAUUUAAAAUUUCUUGAAGGGACCCUCUGCAUUUCAGGGUUGGAAAAUGUGGCUAAUGAUUCAGAUUUAAGAGGAGCCAUUCUAUCAGACAAGGAGAGAAUAGACAAUCUGGUGAUGAUUUGGGGAUUUGUUGAUUUUCCCCGUAUAUUGAAAUUUCAAAAUAUGCCAAACGAAAAUUGCGAUAGGGAAGCAAUUGAGAAGAUGAUACCUCACGGAAAUCUGAAAAAGCUCACCAUAAUUCGUUAUGGUGGUAUUCAAUUUCCAUCGUAGGUAGGUGAUCCUUUAUUUAGCAAUUUGGUGAGACUAAAGUUGGAAAAUUGCUUCAAGUGCACAACCUUGCCGCAACUUGGGUUGCUUCCCUCUCUCAAGGAGUUGGUUAUCAAAUGGUUUCCCAAUGUAAAAGUAGUUGAUUGUGAGUUUUAUGGUGAGAGUAUGAGCAAUUCAAAUCCUUUUCCGGCUCUUGAGACUCUGCACUUUGAGGGCAUGUAUGGAUGGGAAGAGUGGAAGAUUUGUGGGUAUGAAUUCCCUUAUCUGCGGGAACUUUUUAUUUUUAGUUGUCCCAAACUGUUGGGAACAUUACCCAGCCAAUUUGUCUUCAUUGCAAAAGCUUGAUAUUAGAGAAUGUUGUGAAUUGGUGGUUUCAUUUGGAAGCCUUCCGGUGAUAUCUCACUUCGUAAUCAAUGGAUGCAGAAAGGUUGAAUUGGGUGGAGGCUUUAGCUCGGCAAACUGCUCGAGUGUAACGGGACCAUUUUUAUUUCGACCAGAAGAGUUAAGAAAGUUAGAAAGAUUAACUAUUGGUUCUAAUUUAAUUAUCGGAUAUUCCUCUGAUCUACAUUGGGAGCUUGAUGAGGGCAUCGCUGAAAAUGAAGAGUUGUUGCAAAAGGGCGUCGCUGAUAGUGAAAUAAGAAUUUUGGAAUUUCAUCGUUGUGAAAGGCUUGAGAGACUACCGCCAUUGCUUCACAAUUUUAAGUCUCUGAGAGAGCUAUCUAUUAAAUGGUGCUUUAGAAUUAUUUCUUUGCCAGAUGCAGUGAUUUACAGCAGUUUGUGUCUUGAAGUGUUGACAAUUGGUUAUUGUCAUUCUUUGAUUUCCAUUGGAAGACAUCAGCUGCCUCCAACUCUAAAAAGGCUAAACAGUAGUUGCUGCAAGGAAUUGCGGAGGCUGCUGGAUGUGGGAGAGGCUUGUUCCUCUUCUAGGGUUACUGAUGAGGAUAGUAUCAGCGGGGACACUAACUUAUCUAUUCUCCAGAAUUUGGAAAUUAAUCUCUGCGGCUCUCUUACACUCUCAGGGGAGUCACCUGCUUCCCUUAAAUAUCUGGAUUUGAAUAAUGCCAAGUUAGAGUCAAUAGCUGAAAGGUUUGACAACAACACAUUUCUUGAAUCUAUUAAAAUCGGAUAUCUUCCUUAUCUUAAAUCCUUACCCGAGAAUCUGCACAUGCUCACCAAUCUCCGCCACAUUCGGAUAAGUCACUGUGAUAAGCUCAUAGUCCUUCCGGAUAAUAUGCACAAUCUCACAUCUCUUCAAGAAUUGACUAUAAAAAGUUGUCCAAGUCUUGUUUCUUUCCCUCAAGGAGGCUUGCCCACCACCUAUCUGAAAAAAUUUAUAGUUGAAUUCUGCGAGAAACUCGAUGCCCUUCCUGAUAACAUGCACAAUCUCACAUCACUUCAAGAAUUGACCAUAAAAGAUUGCCCAGGCAUUGUAUCCUUUCCAGAAGGAGGUUUCCCCACCAACCUGACAUCACUUUUUCUUAAAGUCGAGAUUUGUACCCUUUUGUUUAAGUGGGGUUUGCAUAGGCUCAACUCUCUCAAGAAACUCAGCAUUACAGGCAAGUGUCCUGGUGUGUUGUCCUUUCCACAGGAUGAGAUAGAUAUGAAGUUGCCUACCUCUCUUACUAGCCUUAUCAUUGAAGAAUUCCAAGACCUAAAACACCUUUCCAGCAAGGGUUUUCGAAGCCUUACAUCACUUGAAUAUAUGAAGAUCAAGAGAUGCCCUAAGCUUGCCUCCAUUCCAAAGAAUGGUCUGCCUCCCUCUCUUUUGAGUUUGCGUACCUACGACUGCCCUCUACUUCAACAAAGCUGCCAGAAGGGGAAAGGAAGAGAGUCGCUAGAAUUAGCUCGCAUUCCAUCUGUGGAAAUUAGAGAAGAUGAGGAAUUAUGGUUUUAAGGAUUGUGCUUAAUCCAGAAACAUCUUUACGUGAUGCCGACAAAUGGCUGUAAAGAGUGGAAAACAGGUUCAAGUCCAAAGAAUGGCAGCAUAUGACCCAGACCAAUUGAGGGACUGGCAAAAUGUUAUUUUCAUAUCUACACAUUUAAGAAAGCUUUUGAGUUUUGAUCCUCCAAUCUCCAGGGCCAGCAAGCUCAAGGCCUGACCAAAGACUUGAAAAUAACAAGUCAUCCCAGCAUCAUCUCUUCUCAUCAAGAGUCAUAUGGAUAGAUCAAAAAGUACCAUAUCAAGACCGGUGAAUUGCAUAUGUUGCUAAUUUCAUAUGGAUUCCUCUGUCAUGCUUUGUUGCUCCACUGCAAAGUGCAUUGUCGCACUGGUCGCUUUUGUGACUGAAGUUUACCCUUUUGCUACUGUUCACCACUCAGUGAUCACUUCCAUUGAAAGCAAAAUCUUCCUCUUUCUACAGUGUUUUGUACAAAAUUUCUAGUAUGACAACGUAAAAUUAUUUGUACCUUCUGCUCUUAA